AUGUUAUUUCAUUUCAUAUUAAUAAUUUCAUUCAUCUGCUCACAAAUUUCAUCAAAUGACGUAAUAGAUUUAGAUCAAUCAAAUCAAUUAAAUAAAUCACAAAUUUCAUUUUAUACAUUAUCAAAUCAACAUUUAGAUAACAACCUCUUAAGUUCAUUAUUUUUUCAUAAUCCUAAAACAGUUAUACAUAUUCAAGAAACAAACAAUUCAAUAGUUCCAAUAGAUGAAAUAAUUUUUUCUACUCAAGAAGAAAAUUCCAAUAAAAGUAAUUAUCAUUAUUUAGAAAUUCAAACUCAAUUACAAUCAUUAUCAUUUUCAAAAUUAAAUUAUAUACCUAUAUCACCAUGUAUAUCAAGUAAUGCUUUUGAUUUAGAUGCACCAUUAAUGGGAGUUGCUUUUACUCAUAGAUUAAUAGUAUCAACUAGAUACAUAGCUACUUUAGGUGAAAGUUUAAGUAUAUCAGGUUCAUUGAAUUAUUUGUAUUAUUACUACUAUUUUCUUUAUUUAUUAAAUGAUACAUCAUUAGCGUUAAAUUUUAGUGAAAAAUCAAAAUUAAAAUAUGCAAAACAAAAAGAUUGGGAUUUUUUUAUAGCUUGUUAUUCAACUCAUUUUGCUUCAAGAUUAUUUGGUUAUUUACCUUUAAAUAUUUUAUAUCCUUUAACAAGAUUAGUUAUAUUUGAUAAAACUUUAAAUAAAGUUGAUAUAAGUAGAAGUUGGAUAAAACAUAAACCAAGAUUAAUGAUGUUUGAUAAUCUGGAACCUAAAAAAAUUAUUUGUGAUGUUGGUACUAGACAACAUUUAAAAUGUGAUCAAAAUAAAGGUUAUUUAAAAGAUAAAUUUGGUAAUGAAUUAACAUGGGAGAAUAAAUUUUGA